AUGCUCGCAGCCCCGAUCGGCUCAUCGUCCCAUUCGGAAAACAUCUCGUCUGUGCUCACGUUAAGGCUUUGCUCCACAAUCGCUUUGACUUGCUCUGACGGGAUGACGCACGGUGAUUUGUCCUGCAACUUUUUUGUCCAGUCGAGAUACAGGUCUGGCAGAAAAUCAUCCCGCGUCGACAUGAUUUGGGCCAGCUUGAAGUAG